UCCUCGCCUUCCACCAUGAAGUUCGCGAUCUUCGUUGUUCUGCUGGCUGUCGCAGCUACCAGCGUGGUUGAGGGGCAUCGUCGGCGCUCCGAGUGCUGCAGCAAAUGGAAGCGCUAUAUUGUCCCGAUUUCCUCCUCGGUGGCACCAACCAAACCCACCACCAAGCCGUGGCAGUACGCCGUCCGCGUGGGUCAGAGCCUGUUCAUGACCUCGGUGCGCGCCUUCACUUCCUUCGCCAACCGCACCAUCAUCAGUCCGGGCGGCACCUACAACGAAGCCAUCCAGGUGAUGAGCUUGACGGAGCAGAUCCUCAACGAAGCCGGCUGCACCUGGAACGACGUGCACGAUGUAGUGGCGCUCAUCACCGCCGGCCCCACCGACUACCCCGUCAUCGACACCGCCAUGAACGACUUCUGCGCCACCCACGGCUGCUCCGGCUUCCCUUGGACUGGCCAUCUGCGCACUUCUCCAUCCUUCAGCGGUGGCGCCACCGUCGAAUUCACCGUCCAGGCUAGCAACUGCGACUGGACCGGAGAGGACAACGAGUGCUCUUGCGAAUAAUUGCGAAUGCGAAGGGUGUGCCGUGUGUC